ACAACUUACAGGUUGAGGGUUACCAUCACAUGUGUGACAGUUAGUCGUACUAUCUUAUCUUCUUAAAUAUGGUACGUUAUCAAACUAUUUAAUGACUCAACAGAACUCCAUAUUUGUCACUUGACCAACAUAUAUACAACUGGCAACCAUUUGGCAACCAUUUCCUUCACAUUAACCAGAACAAUGCUUCUGUCAACACCAACAUUGCUGCUGGUCGUUGCUCUCAUGCAACCCGCUCUGUCCAGCAACCUCAACUCCCUCCAUGGCAUCGCCUACAUCUCCGUGACGACGGACAACCUGACAGCGUCCACGCAGUUCUACACGCAGGUUCUUGGUGGGAUGCUGGUGCCCGAGUUGGCCUUCACCUUCAGUGGAGAUUCUCACUACUACCGGAUGUUCCAGAAGGAGAUCCUGGACGCCAGAACACAAGGGGUUAACCCUGCCCAGUUGGGAGUACCAGAUAUAGGGGAUAACGGUACUCAUGAGGUGCACGGUAACUUCAUCGUCUUUGACAACGAUAUCAUCCAACUUGUAGAGUUUGUGGAGAAAUCAUCCUCAAAAGUCUUUGACAUCCGUGACCGUCGCACCAGCCAGUGCUACAUUGCAGCCCCACUUGUGUGUUUCUGGGUCAAGGACGACGUCGAUUUCAACCACUACAUUGCUGAACUAGAAAGAAGAUCACGCGAUUUUGGUUUCGAUCAGGUCAAGGUCAACAGACCAGUAACAGUUCACAACGAGGCUGAGCGACUAGCCGUUCCCGAAAACCAGCUUGGUAUUACGUAUGACAGUGGAAACUUCAAUGGUUUAUCAAUGGCUUACUUUAAAGGCCCGAGGGGUGAGCAACUGGAACUGAACCAACUCAAAAGAACCUUCAAGUACAAUCUUGGCAUUGAUUACUGUCGACAACAGGGGGUGACCACAGCCUUCUUGGACAAUCAUCCUGACAACAGAUGGAAGAAAGCAGCCGGGGUCAGUGGGCAACUCUACGGUAUGUUCGAGUUUGCAACAAGAACAGAUAAUCUUUCGAAGUCUGUCAACUUCUACACGCGGGUCCUCAGUUCCGAAGUGCUUCCUAAACCACUAGUGGAAGUGGACCUUCGAGGAGAUGACGUUGAAAACUUGUUCUACCAGAAAGAGCUUCUUGAUGCGGCAUCAUGGGGAGUGGAUCCGAGGAGUAUAGGGGUUCCAAAUUUGACUCUGGCAGGAUCUGACAGAAGGGAUGUUAAGUUUAACAUGUUUGAUAACCACGUAAUAAAGAUUGCGCAGUAUACUGCAGGAAAAUCUUUGUCAGAUCCCAAGUUCAACCCCAGAUACAACUGGAGCAGUCCUGCCUACAUCAACAACAUGCAAGUCGCCUUCUUAGUGGACGACAACAUUGACCUUAACAGCUUUAUACAUGACACAGAACUGAAAGCUGCCAGGAAUAAGUUCCCUGAGUUUAAGGUCAAUAGAGCAGUUGAUGUGCCGACAUUAGGUGCUAGCGUACCCUUACCACAGUACAGUGCAGAGUUCACCGAUGGACCUCUGAAGGGCUUCAACUACGUGUUUGCUAAGGGUCCAGCAGGGGAGCAGCUAUCUUUUGUUCAGUUCAAGGGUCCAGCAGCAGCCAAACUGAAGUCAGCCUUGCUGCGGUAUUCGGCCGUCAGCACAGCUUUCAAGGAGACGAAUCCGUGGGUCAGAAAUGAAUAUGACAAGUUUUGCUCUAAAUAUUCCAGCAAUCCUGUUAUUGGCUAAAAUCAUACCCAGAAUAAAGCUUAUUCAUAAAUAAUCAGAUGAUUUGAAAUAUUUUCGAUUUAAGCUGAGAUAUGUCGUCGAAGAGAUGAAUUUGUUGCUUUUGCUACCCACAUGAAGUGGUGAUGUCAGACGUCUUUCCUGGAGAUACAUUCGUGAGUCAGAAAUCAGUAUGAUCUGUUUUGUCCUAAUUUUUCCAGUCAUAGCGUUGGCUAAUUUGCAGAUAUAGUUCAUUUAUGAACACCAGAUGAGCCUUCCAAUCUUGGGGUUAAGUCCCAUUAUCCUUGCCUUUACUGACAAU